AUGAGCAUACCUAGCCCAUCGCCAGAGCUUGGCCACCACUCUGAUGGCGAGACUAGCCCGUUCCUCUCAAGGGAACCAAGCGACCCACUUGCCCCGAGUCAACCUGAGGAUAGCGAUGGCCAGAACUCAGGGCUGCCAAAAAGUACUCGUCUUCGCCUAUUAAUCACACUGAUUGUGAUAUUAUUAUCAUUUGAGAUCGGUGGCCAACUGAUCACUGGUCCGAUGGUCCGGGUGAUCGAGACAAUCGCUUGCGAUAACUACUGGCGUCGCCACGACCCAGCUCGGCUACCAGCGACAGGUCUUCUCCCAGAACAUUUGUGCAAGAUCGCACCGGUGCAAGUAGAAGUCGCGACGAUCAAGGGAUAUUCCGACUUGCUAGAGGGUUUAUUAUGCGCAAUCUGUGCCAUUCCGUAUGGAAUUUUGGCAGAUCGAUAUGGCCGCCGGCGAGCCAUCCGCCUCACUGUUCCUGGAUUCUUGCUCAAUGCACUAAUCACCAACUCUGUCUUGUGGUUCUCCAAUGCUCUCCCUCUCCCGGCUAUCUGGCUCGCAGCUUUCAGUUGGAUUAUAGGCGGCGGACCAUCAGUGGCGCUCAUCGUGAUCUGGACCAUGUUAGCUGAUCUUACCACAGAUGCGCAACGUGCAACGCUGUUCUUCCGAGUUGGACUCGUCAGUCAAAUCGCGAGCUUUUUUGCUAGUGCAAUUAGCUCUGGAUUGAUGACUGUGAACCCUUGGAUACCCUUACUGGGUGGUUGUGGGACAGUCAUGAUUGGUCUAUGUUGCGCACUUUCUCUUCCUGAGACGAUGAACACAGUGUCAAAGACAGCAGAAUCUGAGCAGCCAUUGUCAGACGAGCCAUUAUCGACGUGCGAAUGCUCUUUGGGUUCAGAGCCUGUACAUCGCGUCCUGCUUAGCAAGAUUGUCCGGCUCAUUCGUCCUUACCUCUUUAUCUUCAACCGCCGUCUACUUCUGCUUCUAUUCUCCUUUGGCACAGUCCAGGUCGCGCAGACCUCUUCCUCGUUCUUGACCCAGUACAUCUCCACACGCUUCACAUUGACCUUGGCACGGGCUCAUUUUCUUACUUCCUUCCACAUGGCUAUCACUAUUCCCGUAUUCCUCUUUUUGCUACCACUCCUGUCAAACAAAGUUUUGUAUUCUCUGUCUCUGCCGAGGAGAGACCUCCAGGUCGCACGUUUUAGUGAUAUUGCUCUCAUCUUGGGAUCACUCGGCAUUGGUCUCUCUCCCUCGAUUGUAUUAUUGAUUCCUAGCAUAUGCCUCCACGCCACUGGAGCUGGGUUUUCUAUAGUCACACGGUCUCUCGUAACGGCUUUGGUCAAACGAGAGGAAACCGCGAGACUCUACUCAGCGAUCGAAUUGAUGCAGAUGAUGGGAGGUGUACUUGGCAGUCUCUGUUUUACGAAUGCUUUUAACUCGGGAUUGAGGAUGAGUGGAAUAGGAGCUGGGCUGGUAUGGAUAUUGGGAAGUCUGCUUUACGCACUGGUGGGUAUUGCACUCGCGUUUGUUCGGGUAUAA